AACAGAGCAAGACCUGGUCUCAAAAAACAAAACAAACAAAAAUCUACUUCAUAUGUAACCAUCAUUUCAGUUUUGAAACCACUGCCUGAAGCUGACAUUUUGCAGUUGGAAUAUGGCUAUUCCUUCCCAUCCCCAUGUUGGCUCAUGCCAAGCUGGGAUUCAGGACCACAGAGGGCAACAAAGGUGGAAAGGCCCCUUUCCCAUUUCCUUAUAUUUUUCCCAGCCUGUCUGCAGCUCUUUCUUUUUCUUCAGUGUUAGGUCAGCAUCCCAGAUGUCAGGACCCAAGUACAGGCCUGCUGUGCUCCUUCCUGUGAGUCAUCAGACUUGUAGAAAAUACUGGCCCUGCUAAGGAGCUACUCAGUGGUCAUAUCACACAUACACAUGCACAUACACACACACAUGCACCCAUGCGCGCGCAGGCACAAACACACACACACACUGUUCUUGGCCCACCCCCGCUGGUGUCCCCACAGCAGCAGCACUAGUAGGUUGGUAGCAGUGAGUCCCUCUCCCCACACUCUCAGGGCUUGGGUGUGUACAGAACAGGCUCCACUCAGGACAGAUUUGAGACCCCUUCUCCAGACCAAGAGGCGGAAGUGCACCCUCAAAACUGGGGUGCUUUAACCUUAGCAGCCAGAGAACCAGGUAGGGGAUGUGUAAAAAAUGUGCAUCCCUGGACCCCUUCAAACCCUUGACCCACUGUCCUCUGAGCAGACAACCCCUUAUCCCCCCAGCCCCAUGGAGAGAGCCCUGCCCAGAGUCCAUGGUUAGUUUCUUUGAAGUCUGUUCCAUCUAGUUAAGAAAGGACAGUGGUACAGACCCACUUACCAGUGAUCAUGAGUCACAGGAUGUCACCCUCUGGGUCUGACAUGCACUUGAAUUAACUGGCAUACUGCCUGGCACACAGAGAGAACCCAGAUGUGGAAUGGAUAUGGGUGGUGUUACACGCCGCAUGUUUGCCUGCCCUCCAAAUUCAUAUGCAGAAAUCCUAAUUCUCAAAGGUGAUGCUAUUUAGGAAGUCAUAAGUCAUGGGUAUGUAGCCCUGUGGGAUAAAGAAGUGACAGGAGAGCUUGCUGUCACUCUCUGCUCCCCACUGUGUGAGGAUACAACAGGAAGACAGCCAUCUGGUGAGGAAGAGAGGGCCCUCGCCAGACACCGGACCUGCUGACACCUUGAUCUUGGACUUCCCAGCCUCCAGGACGGCCUGCCCUCAGUUGUUCCAGGGUAAAGAAUUGGGGCAGUGCCCACACCCACGCUGUUGGACAUUUCUUCACCAUACCAGUGACGGUGUUUGUGUCCAUGCCCAGCUUCCUGCCUGUUACUCUCCACAAUGUGCCAAGAAUGCCCCUGACUUGUAGCCCUGUGCGCCUUCUUUUGCUUCUACUGUUGCUACUAACAGCCUUGGAGAUCAUGGUUGGUGCUCACUCUCUUUGCUUCAACUUCACUAUAAAAUCAUGGUCCAGACCUGGACAGCCCUGGUGUGAAGCACAGGUCUUCAUGAAUAAAAAUCUUUUCCUUCAGUACGACAGUGACAGCAACAUGGUCAAGCCUCUGGGUCUCCUGGGGAAGAAGGUCCUUCCACUCUGCAGGUCGAGAUGCUUUGUCAACGUGAAGCAGAACGAUGCACUGGUGCAUCCUGGCAGUUCAGCAUCAAUGGAGAGAAAUGCCUCCUCUUUGACGCAAUGA